AUGCCUGCCGUCUUCUUCCCUCUUACCCAGCCACCUGCUAUCGCUGCUCCACCAGCUCCGGCUCCCUCAAGGGGUAAAAAGCCACAAUGGGGUUAUAACUCUGCAGGCACCGGGCCUCCACCCAAUACAGUUGCUCAAGUCGCUGAAAAGGAGGAGCCAAAGCCGUCCGGUCGCCCACCAGUUUUCUUCAUGAAAGCCCCUAACCCGAACGCGCCUCCUGCGCCGCCCCCAGCUCCCCCAGCUCCUGUGGUUGCGGCAUCGCAAAAUAUCUUCUUCGUGAAGGCUGCUGCCCCGCCAGCCCCACUAGUCACGAAGAUGCUCCCCUUUCAUGUUCCGCCACCGCCGCCAGGUACUGGUGCGCUCGAUGGCGCCGGCUGGGUUGCAUUCCAGUCGCCAAAUGGAGUUGUGAGUUACCGCCGCCCCAGGAAGAGAAAGACGAAAAGUUCGGGCUGUGAAUGUGGAUGUGUGGUUUGUUGA